AUGUAUCCUACAAUUAAUAAGACGUCAGCAAAUGAUUGUGUCUUGACUGAAAUAUGGAUCAAGUACAUAGAGGGAGAGAAGAUUCCUGAUACUAGUAUCCGAAUGACCACACCUCCUACACUAUCAAUAAUUCCUCGAGGUCAUAUUUGGGUCGAGGGUGAUAAUUCCUCAGUGUCACAUGAUUCACGAAAUUUUGGACCUGUACCUCUAGCUCUCGUACAUAGUAAAUUAUUUUUGAGGGUGUGGCCACCUUCCCAGUUUGGGUGGAUUAAAUAA